CAGGCCAAUGCGAUCAAAUUACCUCCGCUGCAUUCGGCCAUUCGAGCAAAUCAGUGCCACCAGUCAAAUUCGAUCUCUAUCGGCUUGCCUGCUUCUCCUUCUGGAAUAAGUACCGGACAAGCUAUAAAAGUUGUGAUCGGGGAUAAAGCUGGCUCAGCUGCCAUUGAGGAAGAACCAAAUCAACCUUAUGACUCGAGUACUAGCAACUCAAGGCCAGCAAAACUGGGGAAGUUUUAUUCUCGGUCCAUACCAGCGGGAAGUUCAUAUGGCAAGGCAGCUGCCGCGGGAAAAGUUAACGGUCCAUUCGAGGAUCAUCAAAGGAUGCCAAGAAGCUAUAGUUCGAGGGACAAACGCUUCGAUUCUUUCAAGACAUGGUCUGGAAAACUCGAAAGGCAGCUAUCCAACUUUCGUGGAAAGCCGCAGGAACCAGAUGUGGAGGCUAAUGAUUCAGAUAUUGAGGAAAUCGAGGCUGUGCCGGAAGUAGAACGCUACUUCGAUGCCUUAGAAGGGCCCGAAUUAGACACUUUAAGGGCAUCAGAGCUGUCAGCACUUCCUGAAGACGAGAAGUGGCCUUUUCUUCUUCGCUUCCCAAUAUCUGCCUUUGGUAUGUGCCUUGGUGUAAGCAGCCAAGCUAUCCUCUGGAAGACCUUAGCUACAUCUCCAUCCAUGAGCUUUCUACAUGUGAGCUUGACAGUGAAUCUCGUCCUUUGGUGUAUCUCGCUCGCACUGAUGGGAGCUGUGUCCCUCAUUUACUCUCUAAAAAUAAUCUUCUACUUUGAAACCGUUCGACGAGAGUACUACCAUCCAGUCCGCAUCAACUUCUUCUUUUCUCCCUGGAUAGCAGGCAUUGUCUUGGCACUCGGUGUGCCGCCAUCAAUUGCAGUACACCUUCAUGCUGCUCUCUGGUAUGUCCUCAUGGCUCCAAUCCUUUGCCUUGAGCUCAAAAUUUAUGGCGAAUGGAUGUCCGGGGGACCAAGAAGGCUCUCAAUGGUGGCAAAUCCAUCAAACCAUUUAGCGAUCUUGGGCAACUUUGUGGGCGCAUUGCUCGGCGCGACUAUGGGACUUAAAGAAGGACCUCUCUUCUUCUUUGCCGUUGGGUUAGCUCACUAUGUCGUACUAUUCGUAACUCUAUACCAGAGGCUUCCUUCAAAUGCAGCUCUCCCAAGGGAUCUUCAUCCAGUAUUCUUCUUGUUCGUAGCAGCACCCACUGUUGCUUGCCUGGCAUGGGAAAAGAUUUGUGGGGAAUUUAAUUACGGGGCAAAGAUGGCUUACUUCAUUGCUUUGUUCCUCUACGUCUCUCUUGCUGUGCGGAUUAAUUUUUUCCGAGGCUUCAGGUUCUCGCUAGCAUGGUGGGCAUAUACUUUCCCAAUGACUGGUGUUUCCAUCGCAACCAUUAAAUACUCCAUGGAUGUAACAAAUGUGCUUACUAAGAUACUUUCUGUCGGACUCUCCGCAAUCUCUACCUUCGCAGUAACAGCUUUGCUCGUCACCACCAUCAUUCAUGCUUUUGUCCUCCACGACUUAUUCCCGAAUGACGUCUCGAUUGCCAUCACCCAGAAGAAAUCGAAGUUUACGAGGAAGCUGGCACUUCUGAGAUUUGUGAGCUCAGACAUGAAAGACAUUGAAGCUUCUGUCUCAAGAAGCACUCCACAAUCAUGAGCGUCGUG